AUGUCAGAAAAAGCAACCUUACUGGUAGUAAACAAAAUGGCUAAGCAGAACUCCAACAUCCCUGAAACAAGCUCCUCUUCUGCUCUUGUUCCUAUACAUGUACAACCCAUAUCCAUGAUUGAUGAUGAAGAACUGGCUAUUCCAGUUGAGGCACCGAUCGUGUCGUCUUACAAUGAUCGAAUACGUCCACUGCUUGAUGCAAUUGACAAGCUCCGCCACCUCAAGGUCAUGCAGGAAGGUAUACAGCUUCCAACAAUUGUGGUGGUUGGUGACCAAUCGUCCGGAAAGUCCAGUGUUCUUGAAUCACUUGCUGGCAUCAACCUUCCACGAGGCCAAGGCAUUUGCACUAGGGUGCCACUCAUAAUGAGGCUUCAGCAUCACUCAGAUCCUCUCCCGGAGCUUCACUUGGAGUUUCUGGGCAGAACUGUCCAGACUGAUGAGACCCAUAUUUCUGAUGCCAUAAAUCAAGCAACUGAUGAGAUUGCUGGNUCGGAGCUUCACUUAGAGUUUCUGGGCAGAACUGUCCAGACCGAUGCGACCCAUAUUUCUGAUGCCAUAAAUCAAGCAACUGAUGAGAUUGCUGGCUCUGGUAAAGGUAUAUCACACACCCCAUUAACGUUAGUUGUGAAGAAAAAUGGCGUACCUGAUCUUACAAUGGUUGAUUUGCCUGGAAUCACUAGGGUGCCUGUUCAUGGGCAGCCUGAUGAUAUAUAUGAGCAGAUAUCAGCCAUAAUAACAGAGUACAUAAAACCAGAGGAGAGCAUUAUCUUGAAUGUUUUGUCUGCAACUGUUGAUUUUCCGACUUGUGAAUCCAUUAGGAUGUCACAGCGUGUGGACAAGACCGGCCUGAGAACUCUGGCUGUUGUUACCAAAGUCGACAAAGCUCCCGAAGGUCUGCUAGAUAAAGUAAUGGCAGAUGAUGUGAAUAUCGGGCUUGGCUAUGUAUGCGUUAGGAAUCGCAUAGGCGAUGAAUCUUAUGAUGAAGCUCGAAAGGAAGAAGCUAAUUUAUUCGAAACCCACCCGCUUCUCUCAAAGAUUGACAAAUCUAUUGUGGGUAUUCCAGUUCUGGCCCAAAAGUUGGUGCGAAUUCAAGCUACAAUAAUAGCAAAAUGCUUGCCAGAGAUUGUUAGAAAGAUCAAUGACAAGCUCAGUGCAAACAUUUCAGAACUCAACAGAAUGCCCCAUAAUCUGACUUCUGUUCCAGAAGCAAUGUCUGCUUUGAUGCAGAUUAUUGGUUCCUCCGUGGAGUCUCUUAGGAAAGUGCUCUUGAGAGGUGAGUUCGAGGAAUACCCAGAUGACAAACACAUGCAUUGCACUGCUCGUCUUUCAGAAAUGCUCAAUCAGUGCGCUCGGGAAUUGCAAAAGAGUUCAGAAGAUAACUACAAGGACAAUUUUCUAAUGGAGGAGAUACGAAUUCUUGAGGAAACCAGAGGCAUUGGGCUACCAAAUUUCCUUCCUCGCGCGGCUUUUCUCAUGAUCCUGCAGAAAAAAGUAAAUGAGAUAUCAGGAGCACCGGUUGAGUUUGUCUGUAAAGUAUGGGAGUACAUUGAGAAAGUGGUGGUUGCUGUUUUAAUGCGUCACUCUGAACAUUAUCCACAGCUAGAGUCAUCUACAAGAAGAGCAGCCCAGAUCCUUAUUGCCAAGAGGAAGGAUAUGUCAGCUGAUCGAGUGGCGGAGAUAAUUGAGAUGGAGAAGAUCAUAGAUUAUACUUGCGAUCCUGAAUAUCUGACAGUAUGGGGUAAGCUCAUGGCUAGUAAAAACCUCUUCCUUGAUGUUAUGAAUAAUUAUUCGAGGUCCACACUGAUCACCAUUGAUGGUUUUGGGGAAGUUGAAGUUGGGCAUUUAAAGUCCUUCCCUAAUAUUAGAGACCAAGCAUUUGACAUAAAAAUGAGAAUUGCAGCAUACUGGAAGAUUGUUCUUAAAAGACUCGUUGAUUCCAUGGCUCUGAACCUACAGUUCAGUGUUAAGAAUCUGGUGAACAAGGACAUGGAGACGGAGAUAGUGAAUGAACUCAUGGGUCCUCAUGGUGGUGGACUUGAAAGGUUGCUAGAAGAAUCGCCUUCGGUGGCCAUAAAGCGUGAGAGAUUGAACAAAAGUAUCAAGCUGCUGAAGGACUCUAAGGAAGUUGUUGCUAAGGUCAUGGACAGAAUUGCCAUCAAUGCUGAUUAG